AACAAAAAUAUGACACAUUUCAUCGUCAUUAUAGAUUUGAUUGUUUAGAUGAUAAUAAUUUCUAUAGUUAAAAUCAUCAGUAAAUGUACUUAAGGAUUUGUGAGUUAUUCACACCCACAAGUUGGGACCUUGGCAUUGUUAUAGAAAUAAGCCUCCACACUCAUAGAAUAGGUGGGAAACGUUAAAGACUUUCAGUACAGUUGCGACUUAGCCUUAGUAACGUCAAUAAUUUAACCCGGAAAAAUGAAAUUUUUAUUCUGUUUCGGAAUUGUCACAAUUUCUCUUGCAAUUGGCGAUUGUUUACAAUGUUACAAUUGCUAUGAGGGCGAUUAUUCAAAUGAUCAUCAAAUACAUAAUAAAGUACAUGAAUAUGGAACAUACACUCCAAACAUAAAAUGUAUUUUUACUAACGGACAAAUAACAGGUCCAACUUGUCAAACAUCGAGUGUAUGUGUCGAUUUGCACGCGAAAAUAGAUAAAUCAAAGGCUACCUAUCACUUUUGUUCAAUAUACAACGAAAUAAACGUGAAAAAUUUCAUGAACGUUACAAAUCAUAAUGUUGUGGAAAUAACAUCAAAAACUUGUUCCGAAAAUCUUUGCAAUUUCGGCAAUAGUCUCGGCAAUGGCGCUUCGUCAAUAUUUACAAUUAAUCUCCUAGCGAUUACAAUAGUAUUAUCAUUAUUUUUUUCCUCAUAAAACUUGUAUAAUUGAAACAAAAUUCUUCAUAAUAAUAUUUAAUUUACAAUUUAAUUUUAUUAA